GGAGGAUCCAGAGGAGGAGCGGAGUCAUUCGAUCCUAAAAAGUGGGUGUCUUAUAAUGUGAGGCACACUUUCUGUACAGCAGCUAGUCAGAUUAUUGGACCAAUUUGUGAACCACAUUGAAGAGCUGAAGUUAAUGGAUGAGCGAAUUCAGAGGAAGGUAGAGAAAUUAGAGCAUCAGUGCCAGAAAGAAGCUAAAGAAUUUGCCCGAAAAGUGCAAGAAUUGCAGAAAAGCAACCAGAUAGCAUUUCAGCAUUUUCAAGAACUGGAUGAGCACAUCAGCUAUGUGGCCACAAAGGUGUGUCAUCUUGGCGACCUGUUGGAGGGGGUGAACACUCCGCGGCAGCGAGCUGUGGAGGCCCAAAAACUGAUGACCUAUUUUAAUGAGUUUCUGGAUGGCAAUCUGAAGUCUGAUGUGUUUAACAACCCUGAAAAGAUUAAAGAGGCAGCUGAUAUUAUUCAGAAGUUGCAUUUAAUUGCUCAAGAGCUGCCAUUUGAUCGGUUUGCAGAAGUAAAGUCAAAAAUAGCAAGUAAAUACCAUGAUCUGGAGCACCAGUUAAUCCAGGAGUUUACCGGUGCUCAGAGGAGAGGAGAGAUCUCUCGGAUGAGGGAGGUGGCUGCAGUGUUGCUUCACUUUAAGGGCUAUUCUCACUGUGUUGAUGUGUACAUUAACCAAUGUCAGGAGGGAGCGUACAUGAAGAAUGAUAUUUUUGAGGACUCUGCAAUCUUAUGCCAGCGGGUGAACAAAGAAGUUGGAAAUAUUUUCAGCAAUCCAGAAAUGAUCCUGGCCAAGCUGAUACAAAGCAUUUUUGAAGUGAAAAUUCAGAAUUUUGUUAAAGAGCAGCUGGAAGAAUGUAGAAAAUCGGAUGCCGAGCAGUAUCUUAAGAAUCUCUAUGAUCUGUACACAAGAACUACAAGUCUCUCUAGCAAGCUAAUGGAGUUCAAUUUGGGAACAGACAAACAGACUUUUUUGUCCAAGUUGAUCAAAUCAAUUUUCAUCUCAUAUUUGGAAAACUAUGUUGAUGUAGAAAUUGCUUAUUUGCGAAGUCGGAGUUCAAUGAUCUUACAGCGCUAUUACGAUUCCAAGAACCAUCAAAAAAGGCCAAUUGGAACUGGAGGCAUUCAAGACCUGAAAGAGAAAUUUCGCCAGCGCUCAAUUUUUCCUUUGGGAUCGAGUAUAGAAACACACGGCGAGACGUUUUUAGCACAAGAAGUGGUCAUAAACCUUUUGCAAGAAACCAAGCAUGCCUUUGAAAGAUGCCAUAAGCUUUCAGAUCCGUCUGAUCUUCCAAAAAAUGCCUUUAGAAUAUUUUCAAUUCUUGUUGACUACUUAUGCAUUGAGCACAUUGACUACGCCUUGGAAAUAGGUUUGGCAGCAAUCCCUUCUCCCGAAUCAAAGAAUGCCAACCUAUAUUUCUUCGAUGUGGUACAUCAGGCCAACACUAUUUUCCAUUUGUUUGAUAAACAAUUUAAUGAUCAUUUAAUGCCUUUAAUAAGCUCUUCUCCAAAGCUUACCGAAUGUCUGCAGAAGAAGAAGGAUAUCAUUGAGCAGAUGGAAGUGAAACUGGACACGGGAAUAGACAGGACACUAAAUUGCAUGGUUGGCCAGAUGAAACAGAUCUUGGCUGCUGAACAGAAAAAGACGGACUUCAAACCAGAGGAUGAAAAUAAUGUAUUCAUACAAUACACUUCUGCUUGUGUCAAAGUUUGCAUUUAUCUUCGGAAGCAAGUAGAGAAGAUACGUAGCUCUUUGGAUGGGAAGAAUGUGGACACAGUGCUGAUGGAGUUGGGCGUCCGCUUCCAUCGCCUUAUCUACGAACAUCUCCAGCAGUUCUCCUACAGCUCUAUGGGAGGCAUGCUUGCCAUCUGCGAUGUUGCCGAAUAUAGGAAGUGCGCCAAGGAAUUUAAGAUUGCCGUGGUGCUGCAACUUUUUGACACUCUGCACUCCCUCUGCAACCUUCUAGUAGUUGCCCCAGAUAAUUUAAAGCAAAUGUGUUCUGGAGAGCAGCUGGCCUGCCUGGACAAGAAUAUCCUUCACUCCUUUGUGCAGCUAAGAGCAGACUACAGAUCUUCACGCCUUGCUCGACACUUCAGCUGAGAAGCUAACUGCAUACUGAGAUUAUAUUCAAUUCUAUGCCAAUGUGUGGCUUGAAAAUAGCACAGGACAUUCUCCUUCCUAUGUAGAGGUUGCUCUAAAUUCUGCAGCUCAGUUACUCUGGCUUUAGAACAGUAGUGCAGCCGUAUUACACUUGCUGCUGGCUCUGCCUCUUUCAGCAAAAGGGAUUUUGCUUGGUGGACUUUUUUUUUUAUUUUUUUUUUCCAGGAAGAUACAAAUUUGUAAAACGUUAUGGUCAUCACUCCUCGCUUUCUUUGUGUUCUCAUAAAACGGAUUGCUAUUGCGGUGAGACACACUCAUUUUUCGAGUGGUUGGAACAUUUGCCUUUAACAUGGCAGUACUUUUACAAAAAGUUUUUUGUGUAUUGUGACGCCUUUAGUUUCAGACUGUGGUAUGUGGUCUGAGAAAUGGACUGCUGAGUGUAAACAAUCUCAUCCCUAGCUGGGCCUGGGAUGGUUUUCCGCUUAUUGACUACUCUUAUUUAGUUAUGUUCUCUUUCAGAAUAAACUUUUUAUUGACUUUUUCUGUGCUCUAGAGGCUGCUUCCAUGCAAACCCAUGAGUAAAGCGCCCUCAAGCUUCUUGUAUUUCUCAGAUUUUAGUGGGAAAGGUUUCCGGCAUUUGUUUUGCCUCCAACCUCUCUCUCAAGUAUCACACGGCUGCAUCCUAGGUGUGAACCAUUCAUUGCAGGAUUGUGGCACCUUUUUGAUUUUAAAAGAAUUAUGUGAGUCUGCGUUGCCACGCUAUAAAAUUUUAAGUAAAUAACAAGUAAAACCUAUAAAUCUAAAUGCAAGAGAAUCAGUCCCAAGCAGAUGAAAAAAUGGCCAAACUUGUGAGCGAUACUGUAAAGGAAAUUCUAUUAGCCGUGUGCUUCAAAUCCCAAAGUGUACCACCACUUAAAUAUAUAGAACUUUUACCAGAGUGAGUGGACUUACUCUGGUAAACUCUUUUUGUAUGUAAAGAGUUACUUGGGCUUGUGUAUGGGUAAAAGGGUCUGUUGGGAAACAUGUACCGCCUCCCAGGUUUCCACAUAAGGUCACCAAAACAUCACAUCCAGUAAGGCAAGGUAUUCGGCCACAAGAUAUGAAGAGAACCAGGAACACCAACAUAGUGUAAAACUGUAUUCACAAUUUUAUUUAAAAAGUACUAACCACUUACUUUAUUAAAAACAAAAGCUUAUCAUGGUAAGAUAUCAGUCUCUGGAUUCAUAUUGGUCACGGUGCGUGGUGAUGUCACGAGUGAUAGCUCGUCUGUACGCGUUUCGUCACAUCUGAUGUCAUUGGGGUGUGAUUUCGAUUUUUAUGUUGCUGUAGAAAAUUUACCAGCACACCAAGGAUCUUCAAUUUCGUCCAAACUGUUUUUAAUCCAAGAAAGAUCAUAUCACAAAAUAGUGUAGUGCAACUUUUCGGAAGCACGCAGCGCCCCUUCGUCACAUACCUGACAAAGGGGUCCUGCAUGACUUUGAAACGUGCCUCAAACUCCUGCAUGUCUCUGCAAUGUUAUUUUGUUAUGUGUUAAAAACUGUUUGGACGAAAUUGAAGAUCUUCGGGUGUGCCAACGAAUUUCUACAUUAUCGCGCAGGUUCCAGUAUCCAUCUGGCGGUCGCUACAGCACCCGAUACUUUUAGAGCUCAUUAUAGGAAUGUGUGCGAUGGGAAUAUGGACUGUGUACUUAGAUUUAUAUGUUUCACGUAUAUUAUUUUCUUAAAUUUAUUUACCACGGAAAUAUAGACUUGCAUUGAUUCUA